AUGACUUCACCGGCGGGGGUGAAAACCCGCAUUUGUAUGAUCUCCGAUACUCAUACCAAUACGCCGAGGCCCGCGAGGUUUACAGACUACCCAUUUCGCAAUCCGCUUCCAAAAGCCGACAUUCUGAUACACGCGGGCGAUCUCACAAAACUGGGCUACUAUGCCGAGCACGAAACGACAAUUGCAAUGCUCAAGGCUGCCGAUGCCGAACUCAAGCUCGUGAUCGCGGGGAACCACGACAUCACGCUCGACGAAGACCAUUUCACGAGCUUUGGGUUCUUCCGCCAUCGCAGGAUUCUCUAUAAAGACCUUGCCGAGCAGAGCUCCUUCGAUGACGACGAACAAACAAUCUCAAAUACUCUCCGCGAGGGCCACUUCCCGCCGCCCGAAGAACUAAAAGCAUACGCCCGUUCUGCCAAGGAUCUCUACACCAACCAAGCAGCCUGGGACAGUGGCAUUCGGUACCUCGAAGAAGGUACUCACACUUUCACGCUGUCGAAUGGCGCAAGCUUCUCAGUAUAUGCCUCUCCGUACCAACCAGAAUUCUUCCGGUGGGCCUUUGCUUACCCGCGCGACGAGGACCGCUUCAACGUUCCUGUACCGGGCUCAGGAAAACCUGUCCCCGCCAAUCCUGUUCCGGACCACCCUCAGGUCGAUAUAAUGCUGACCCACGGCCCUCCAUUCGGUAUUCUUGACCGCGUCCGUCGUGGUGGGCUGCAUGUGGGAUGUGAAAAUCUGCUCGAAGCAGCCGAACGGGCCCGGCCACGCCUUUACUUGUACGGUCAUAUCCACGAAGCAUGGGGUAGUGUCCGUGGAGUCUGGGAUGCAGAGGCCGGUGGAGGGGUUUCGCAAGAAGACAUUCCUACUGACCAGGAAGAAAUGCUUGACAAUCGUUGCGCAUUUUAUGAUGCGAGCUCCACGGGCGAGCGGCCCCUUAGGUUUGGGAAAGAGACGAUCUUUGUUAAUGCGAGUAUAUGUACCUUGUCUUAUGAUCCGCGGAACGCGCCAUGGGUAAUGGAUUUCGACCUGCCGACUGGAAACAAUGAUCGGCAGGAGAAGCCGGGGGCCUGA